CUGUGGACUUCUUGGCUGGACUUUAACACCCUUUGAACGCCUUGGACGUUUGUGUUUAGGAGAGAGUGGGCCGAUGAAGACCUGUACGGCUGCCUUGUGAUUAUGCAGACAGUCACGUUGUUCUUCCUCUUUGUUUCUCAGAUGACCCCGGGCUCCGGUGAUGGAAUAACCAGGCUUUAUUGGCGGUGACGGAAUCAAAAGCCAUGGCUGCUCCCUCAGACGUUGUGUUUAAGGAGUUCUGUCCUCUGUAUUCUGUUCUCAAUGCCAUUCCCGUAAAGGUGCAGAAGGGGUUCCGCUCCAUACUGGUCUACCUGACCGCGCUUGACGCCAAUAGUGACUAUAUUGCAAUCGGCAGCAGUGUCGGUAUGCUCUACCUGUACUGCCGGGACACCAACCAGAUGAAGAAGUACAACCUGGAGGGAAAGAUGGAGUCCAUCUCUGUGGUGAAGCUUCUGAGCUGCUUUGAUGACCUGGUAGCCGUGGGCACAGUAUCGGGAAGGGUGGCCGUCUUCCAGUUGGUGUCCCCCUUACCCGGCAGAAACAAACAGUUAAGGCGAUUUGAUGUUCUUGGCAAUCACAAGAGCGGCAUCACGGCACUGGCAUGGAGUCCCAAUGGUAUGAAACUGUUUUCUGGUGAUGCCAGAGGAAAGAUUAUACAGUCUGACCUGGAUUUUGACAAGGGUUCCUGUAACCCCAGCCUUAUACUUGAGGAGUUAUCUUCUAUAGUCCAGCUGGACUACAGUCAGAAGGUACUGCUGGUGUCAACCACCCAAAGAUGUCUAUUGUUUUACACAGAGGAAAAGUCUGUAAAGCAAGUUGGUAACCAGCCUAGGAAAUCCAAUGGUAGAUAUGGAGCAUGUUUCAUACCUGGGCUCUGCAAGCAAAGUGACCUUACGUUAUUUGCCUCAAGACCAAGCCUGCGUCUCUGGAAGUCCGACGUUCAUGGAUCUGUCCACUCCACUUUUAUUUUGAAAGAUGUGCUGUCUCGAGAAUUUGACUCUUUUGAGUUAUACCCUCGUGCAGAGAUUUCAAAGGAUGGCAAAUAUACAUUAUCUGAGAAGCACCUCGGUCUGUUAUCAUGCUUCCUACAUGAUGGCUGGGUCUUGAGCUGGGAUGAGUACAGCAUCUAUCUGAUAGACACGCUCAACCAGGCUGUUGUUGGAGGACUGGAGAGUGCUGGGGACAUCGUGUCUGUAACAUGUACAAACAAUGAGAUAUUUCUCCUCAAGGGGGACAGAGAAAUUAUCCGAAUCUCUGACAUGCCUGAAGGCGUAGCAUCUGCUAUUCUGCAUAGCCCUUUCCGGGCACACACAGCCCUGUCUCCGGAGAACAGCAAAACUCAAAACGUGUCCGAUAGAGAGCCCAAAACACCCGGUCAAACUAUAAAAACGGAGAAGAUCCAGAUAUGUGACCUAGAGAACGAAGAGAUUGCUCCAGAUGUCCCCGGCGAGGCCAGAGUACGGAGUUGCUCUCUGCCCACGGAAGUAAAAAGCAGGAGCAGCUCCUUAAAUUCAGUCGACAGCGGAUUCAGUCUGACAGCCGGGGGACAGAAUGCGUCUCCUAAUAACGUGCCGAGAGAACACCAGCCGGCGUCGCAAAGAUUUAGCACGAUCAGCAACGAAGAGUUUGACCAGGAACUUAUCGUGAAACCCAUCAAAGUUAAAAAGAAGAAAAAGAAAAGACAAGAAAACGGACCCAAGAAUUCUGACGUGGGAUCAGUUGAGAGCACUCCAAGUGUAGACAGUCCUUAUACCUUGAAUUCUGACUUCUUUUCUACAACGCCCAGCAUGCCGAGCAGCAGUAUAGACCACCUGAGCUCCCAGGAGAGCCUUCUUAGUGGGAAGUACCAAGCUGUUGACGAUGGCAGUAUGGAUGUCUUCAGUGCUGUUCCGCCUGUCGAGUCGCUUGCCCCUGCUCUGGAAGAUGAAGGCGAUCAUCUUAAUGAAAGAGAGAAAGAAUUGGUUGAAAUAACCCAAAAAGACCAAUAUACCUCAGUGACCUCAAACCAACCACAACCUGCUGGUAGUCUGGAGCUUAACGAGUUGGUUCAAAAGGAAAGCGUAGGUUCUCUGCUGGAUCAGGACAACGGUUCAUUCAUGAAUUUGCACGAGUUAAAUGACUGUAUGAAUAGUGAGAAUCUGGAAGAGCCCGCUGGUGUGUGGGAUACGGACCCUCUUUCUACCACUGUUACAGAUGAAGAGCAAAGAGGCUGUGAAAUGCCAUCCUCCAACGUGACUUCCUACACAUUGUCAAGUUUUAUUGGGGAUGGCAGUCAAAGCAUUUACAUUCAUUUAGCUGAUUCUAAAGAAGCCACCGGAGGGCAUAAAACUGAGCAGGCUGACCGAGAUCACAUGGGGGCAUCUAGUGAUGAGGAUGAUAUUUACGGUCAUAGGUUUCCACACUCUUCUUCAGAUAUUAGUGUAGCGGACAUGGCCGUCUCCCAAGAAAUGAAUCGGUCCACCCAAGAAGAAAGCGCUCUAACCAAACCAGAGCAGCUUGCAGAGAGUUGGAUGGUUUACUCGGGACCUGCCAACGGCAUUCUGAGUUUAGUUGUGUCGGAGAAGUAUAUAUGGUGUCUGGAUUAUAAAGGAUCGCUUUACUGCAGCGCUCUACCUGGUGCGGGGCUGUGGUGGCAGAAGUUUGAAGAUUCUGUCCAGCAGGUGGCAGUGUCUCCCUCAGGGGCCCUUCUUUGGAAGGUGGAACAAAAGACGGACAAGGCUUUUGCUUGUGGAAAAGUAACAAUCAAAGGGAAGCGGCACUGGUACGAAGCUCUUCCUCAAGCUUCAUUCGUGGCGUUAAGUGAUGACACCGCAUGGAUCAUCAGAACGAAUGGAGAUCUGUAUUUGCAAACAGGUUUGAGUAUUGACCGGCCUUGUGCCAGAGCUGUGAAAGUAGACUGCCCUUGCCCCUUAUCCCAGAUAACAGCCCGGAAUAACGUUGUGUGGGCUCUUACCGAACAGCACGGGCUCUUGUACAGGGAAGGAGUGAGCAGCCUAUCGCCCGAAGGGGAGGCUUGGAAAUGUGAUCUCAUCAGCGAGCGGCAGGCUCUGGAGCCGGUGUGCGUGACACUCGGUGACCAGGAUACGGUGUGGACGCUGGAUGCCGGGGGUAACUUAUGGUUCCGGACUGGGGUGACUCCAAAGAGGCCACAAGGGGAAGACGAUCAUUGGUGGCAAGUCAGCAUCACGGAUUACGUUGUUUUCGACCAUUACACCCUGUUUCAAACCUUAAUCCAGGCUACGCAGUCCGUGGCCAACGUGGCGCAGGCUCCCGUUGAGAAAGUAGCAGACAAGCUCCGAAUGACGUUCUGGUCUCAGCAGUCGCAGUGCCAGCCCAGCUUACUGGGAGUCAACAGCAGCGGGGUGUGGAUCACCUCGGGUAAAAACGAGUUUCAUGUGGCCAAAGGCAGCCUAGUAGGUACUUACUGGCAUAAUAUUGUGCCACGCGGCACUGCCUCUACCACCAAAUGGGCCAGUGUAUCAGCUUCUGCCUCACCCACCAAAGAAGGAAAUGUCCUCUGGAUUUGUCAAAGUAGAAAGGAUCUAUUUUGUUUGAGUGAUCUGAACCCUCCGUUUAGACCAUCGACCGUCCAGCUGCCUCCGGAGACCGAGGUGGUCCAUUUGUCGGCCUGCGCUGAUGCGUUGUGGGCGCUUGAUAACGAGGGAGGGGUGUUCAUCAGAACUCUAUCCAAAACAUGUCCGACGGGGAUGCAUUGGACAAAGCUGGACCUCUCACAGCUCGGCUCUGUGAGACUAUGCAGCUUGUCGUGUGGAAACCAGCAUAUCUGGGCUUGUGACACUAGUGGAGUGGUUUACUUCCGAGUGGGAACACAGCCUCUGAACCCAAGUAUGAUGCUGCCGGCGUGGAUCAUGAUUGAGCCCCCCAUUCAGCCUGUAGGAAUCAGCCUGGUCAGCGUGUAUUCCAGCCCCACCGACGGCAUGCUCUGGACCCUCGACAACAAGUGUAACGUUUACGUGAGGAUUGGAAUUACCGACGAGAUGCCCGUUGGAAUUGAUUGGGAACAUGUGCCCGGGUUGCAGGCGUGUCAGCUGGCGGUUAGCGCCAGAACAGUGUGGGCUCGCUGUCCAAACGGAGACAUCGCGCGGCGCUACGGGGUCACUGAAAAGAACGCAGCCGGUGACUACUGGAAAAAGAUUCCCGGAAACAUGGCUUGGUUAACAGCGACCCCUCUGGAUGAGCUCUGGGCGGUGGGUACCACCGGGGGUCUUCUUCAGCGACUCACGAAGACCUACAGCCACUGUCCUAACCCCCCGAAAAACGACACUGUUUUAAUCCAUUCUGAUUUCGAAGAUGAGUGGGAGGUAAUCUGACGCCAUCCCGCGGAACAUGGCUGCUGUUACGUGUUUGCUGCUAAAAGUCUGUAUUGUCCUAAUUUAACAUAUUCUACGUAAUAUGAAAGCACUUUGCCCGGUCCGGGGGGGGUUCCAUGUUGCUGUACACGUUACAGGGACUCGAGACGCUGUAUUGUAUGAUCUGUGAUCCAAGCAUGAAAACCUCGUAUCACAACCAUACAGACCCCAUACACUGCAUGAGCUAUAACAACUGGAACUAUCUCAUUCCUCAUUGAAGGAUCUAGAACGCAUCUAGAACCUAAUUAGCAUCUUAAAUUGGGUGCAAGACAUAUCUAUUCCAUGUUAUGGUGUAUUUCCUUAAAAUAACUAAACUUGAUAUCUCCGUCUCCAAAGGUUUGUUUAUUUGUAGCAUGAGCUGGUAGCUCUUAAAAGGGACGCCACCAUUUUUAUUAUUAUUAAAAUGAUGUCAUUGACAUUUUAUCACGCCUUAUUAAAAAAAAAAAAA